GCACACAAACACACGCCCACACUCCCCAGUGCUUAAGCUAAGCACCAAAUCACACGCCUCGUGUCGACCAGCGAACACCAGGGCAGGCACGAACUGCGCUAGCUAGCAAGCACACACGCACGCACUACGCACUGCAGUGCCAUGCCGGAAGCACCGACCCCCAAGACAACCCCGCCGGCCUGCGGCUUCGCCCCCGGUGCCCACCGCGAGGCGCUCGAGUUCAUCGAGCAUGUCACGGCGAACGCCGGGCAGGUGCAGCGGCGCGUCCUCGCCGAGAUACUGGCGCAGAACGCGCCGGCCGAGUACCUGCGCCGGCACGGCGUCUCCGGGACCGCGGGCGACGCCGUCGAAGCCUUCCGCCGUCUCGUCCCGCUCGUCACCUACGAGGGCCUCCAGCCGGACAUACUCCGCAUUGCCAACGGCGAUACCUCGCCGAUCCUCUCCGGCAAACCCAUCUCCGAGUUCCUCACAAGCUCCGGCACGUCCGGAGGGGAGAGGAAGCUGAUGCCGACCAUCGCCGACGAGCUGGACAGGAGGUCGCUGCUGUAUAGCCUGCAGAUGGCGGUGAUGAGCCAGUCGGUGCCCGGGCUCGACAAGGGCAAGUCCAUGUACCUGCUGUUCGUGAAGGCGGAGUCGCGCACGCCGGCCGGGCUCGCGGCCCGGCCGGUGCUGACGAGCUACUACCGGAGCCGGCAGUUCCUGGAGCGGCCGCAUGACCCCUACACCGACUACACGAGCCCCAACGAGGCGAUCCUGUGCGUGGACUCGUACCAGAGCAUGUACGCGCAGCUGCUGUGCGGCCUCGUCCACCGCGCCGACGUGCUGCGCGUCGGCGCCGUGUUCGCCUCGGGCUUCCUUCGCGCCAUCCGCUUCCUCGAGAAGCACUGGCCGCGCCUGUGCCGCGACAUCCGCGCGGGCGCCCUCGACCCGGAGAUCACCGACCGCGCCGUGCGCGACGCCGUCGGGAGGGUGCUGCGCGCCGACCCGGCGCUCGCCGACGAGAUCGAGGCCGAGUGCGGGAGGGCGUCGUGGGAGGGCAUCAUCCGGCGGCUGUGGCCCCGCACCAAGUACAUCGACGUGAUCGUGACCGGCGCCAUGUCGCAGUACAUCCCGACGCUGGAGUUCUAUGGCGGCGGCCUGCCGCUCGCGUGCACCAUGUACGCCUCCUCCGAGUGCUACUUCGGCCUCAACCUCAAGCCCAUGUGCAAGCCGAGCGACGUCGCCUACACGCUCAUCCCCACCAUGUGCUACUUCGAGUUCCUUCCACUCCGCUGCAGCAACACGAAGCAGGCCGAGCCGAGCCACCGCGACCUGGUCGACCUCGUCGAUGUCAAGCUUGGACACGAGUACGAGCUCGUGGUCACCACUUACUCCGGUUUGUGUCGGUAUCGCGUGGGCGAUGUGCUGCGGGUGGCGGGGUUCAAGAACGAGGCGCCGAUGUUCAGCUUCGUCCGGCGGCAGAACGUGGCGCUGAGCAUCGACUCCGACAAGACCGACGAGACGGAGCUGCACGCGGCGGUGAGCGGCGCGGUGCAGCACCUGGCGCCGUUCGGCGCGUCGCUGGUGGAGUACACCAGCUACGCGGACGCGGCAACCAUCCCGGGCCACUACGUGCUCUUCUGGGAGCUGCGCGCCGGCAGCACGGCCGUGCCGGCGUCCGUGUUCGAGGACUGCUGCCUGGCGGUGGAGGAGGCCCUGAACAGCGUGUACCGGCAGUGCCGGGCCUGCGACAGGUCCAUCGGCCCCCUCGAGAUACGCGUCGUCUCCGAGGGCACCUUCGACAAGCUCAUGGACUACGCCAUCAGCCGCGGCGCGUCCAUCAACCAGUACAAGGCGCCGCGGUGCGUGCGCCCCGGCCCGGUGGUGGAGCUGCUCGACGCGAGGGUGCAGGGCAAGUACUUCAGCCCCAAGUGCCCCAAGUGGAGCCCCGGGAACAAGCUAUGGAGCAACGCCAGGGAGGUGAUCACCGACGGGGACGCCUGAAUCCUGAUGAUCGAUCGUGGUACGAUCUGAAUUUUCAGAGGCAGGGAGAGGAUAGCUAUAUGGAAUGAUGAUGACCUAGGGUAUCUGCUAUGAUCAUUUGAUUUUUGGUUCCUUUUCUCUCCAUCUUUGUAAUAUGUCUCGUGUUCCUUCAGCUCCUGUAUUUUGCUAUGCACUUUGUGCAUGUCAAUUACAUAUACUAAAUUAUGUUUACUCUGUUAGUAGUAUAGGGGUCGGAAUGGAUUUUUAUGCUGUGUCAAAUU